AUGGUUGCUACGAACGAUCUGGAUCGUCGUCUCGCCUAUCAAACACCGCCCUAUGAACCACGCAGGAAAUUAUCAUGUCCACCAACACCGAUCUCUUCAUCUUCCGAGCAACUUAUAGUCAGAAUCACCCGGGUCCUGUGCCAACGUACUGAAAAGAUAUCUACCGAUAAGAUUAGAAAUGAUGUCAAGAACGUUAACGAGUUUUUAAAAGAAGUUUUGCGCAGAUCCAAAAGCAACAGAAAGACUGCAUUAGUGGCCUUGGCAUAUUUCAACAAGAUUUAUGAUGGCCAAUUAUGGAAUGGGAAGUUGCCGGAUUUUGCACGCUGUUCAAAGCGCAUCUUUCUCAGUUGCCUUAUUCUAGCCCACAAAUAUCUUAACGAUAACUCUUUCACCAUGAAGACUUGGAAUAUGAUCAGCGGUUUGAGUCAAAAUGAUUUGUGUCUCAUGGAAAGGUGGGGUCUUGAAAAAUUGGAUUACAGGCUGCUGGUCGCAGAGGAAGAUUUGACGAAGCUCGAAGAUAGUCUUGCCACCAAGAAGAGAACCUUUGAUGAAGAGGUUUUGGGAGGAGAAAUGCGCCAAAAGAAAGCACGUAAAUUAUAA